UAAAUAAGAUAAGAUUCAUUAACCUCAGCUAUUCAAAGUUAGAAACCUUUGACCUUAGUAUGACUCCAAAUCUCGAAAGGUUAAAUCUGGAAGGAUGUUAUCACUUUUUCAAACUACACAUCCCCGUUGAAUGUCCAAAGCUCAAAUUCCUCGAUCUCACUAGUUCUAAGGUGAGUAAUCUUAACCUUAGGUUGAUUCCACACCUUGAGGUAUUAUAUAUCGAUGGAUGUGAAAGAAUAGUUGAACUCCACUUGCCCGUUGAGUGUUCGAGCCUCAAAUUCCUCUACCUCAGGGAUUCCAAGGUGAGUAAACUUAACCUUGGGAUGACUCCACAUCUCGAGAAGUUAAAUCUUGAAGGAUGUAAUGAUUUUGUAGAACUCCACAUGCCUGUUGAAUGUCCAAAGCUCAAAUCUCUCAACCUUAAAGGUUCUAAGGUGAGCGACCUUAACCUUAUGGCUCCAAAUCUCGAGAAGUUAAAUCUAGGACAAUGUAAUGAAUUUGUAGAGCUGCACUCGCAUGUUGAAUGUCUAAACAUCAAAUCCCUCAAUCUUAGUGGUUCUAAGGUGAGUAAACUUAACCUUGGGAUGACUCCACAUCUCGAGAAGUUAAAUCUUGAAGGAUGUAAUGAUUUUGUAGAACUCCACAUGCCUGUUGAAUGUCCAAAGCUCAAAUCUCUCAACCUUAAAGGUUCUAAGGUGAGCGACCUUAACCUUAUGGCUCCAAAUCUCGAGAAGUUAAAUCUUGAACAAUGUAAUGAAUUUGUAGAGCUGCACUCGCAUGUUGAAUGUCUAAACAUCAAAUCCCUCAAUCUUAGUGGUUCUAAGGUGAGUAAACUUAACCUUGGGAUGACUCCACAUCUCGAGAAGUUAAAUCUUGAAGGAUGUAAUGAUUUUGUAGAACUCCACAUGCCUGUUGAAUGUCCAAAGCUCAAAUCUCUCAACCUUAAAGGUUCUAAGGUGAGCGACCUUAACCUUAUGGCUCCAAAUCUCGAGAAGUUAAAUCUUGAACAAUGUAAUGAAUUUGAAGAACUCCACUCGCAUGUUAAAUGUCUAAACAUCAAAUCCCUCGAUCUUAGUGGUUCUAAGGUGCGUAACCUUAACCUCGGGAUUACUCCAAAUCUUGAAAGCUUAAAUCUCAAAGGAUGUUAUGACUUUGUAGAACUCCACAUGCCCGUUGAAUGUCCAGAGCUCCAAUCCCUCUGCCUUAGUGGUUCUAAGGUGAGUAACCUCAAUCUCGAGAUGACUCCACAUCUCAAGGAGUUAGAUCUUGAAGGAUGUUAUUACCUUCAAGAAAUUCACGCUCCCGUAGGUUGUCUACAAAAUCUUGUCUACUUUAACUUCAACGGUUGCUCAAGGUUUACAAAUUUUGUUGUUAACUACUGGAAUAAAGUACAUGAUCCUUAUGAUGUAGUUAGACUGAACCUAAUUGCGGAGUCCCUAGACAGAUGCCCACUGCAUCCAGAAAGUAAUUUGCCUAAGUUUCAGUUUAAUUGUAUAUAUUGGGAACCUCUACCCUCAUCGAGUGGAAAUAUUGAGAAGCUUAUCUCUUUUGGUCUAUGUGCUUGCACAAACCUUGAGUCGUUUUCAACAAGCAUUUGUGGUUUACAACAUUUAAGAGAGCUCACUCUUAUAGGCAGUAUUCCGGAGGUGCCCAAUGAUCUGUACCAGUUACAAAGUCUAGAGAAGCUACGUUUGUCGAUGAAAGAGAUUAAGCAUCUUCCGGAGAGCAUUUGUAUGUUGAAACGUUUGAAAUCACUCGACUUAUAUGAUUGUAGAUCCUUACAAGAUAUCCCAGACAGUAUCUGUAAGAUGAAACGCUUGAAUAGGUUAGAUAUAGAAGGUACGGGCAUAAUCCGUCUUCCUUACAGCAUUUUUCAAUUGAAACGUCUGUAUAUUAUUGGGUCUAGGGGCCAGCUUGAGUCGUCUGGUUUUACUAAUAUAAUCUCAGGAUCCAGAGAGUGCUAUGUACAGCUGUGAAUAACAGGGACAUUCUGCUGGUAAGUUGAGAUUCAAGAAGAAGUAUUCAAAGUCCAGUCUUUGAAUAUUUAUGUUUCUGAUUUAUAGAAUGCAACAGGGACAUUCUCUUUUUUGCUUAACAUGUUGUAAACCGAUUACCGAACAAAAAAUGAUUACUUGUGGUUAACUGACUGACUGAACCAACCGGUUGAACAACCCGCAGCACAUAACCUACACCUUUGAUCGUGGUUCUGUUGGAGGAUAAAAUCAGCACUACACACUUGGCACUAAGAUGCAAGCCUUUGUUACGGCAAAGACAUGUUCAGUGUAUGAAACUUUGUUGAAGGAAAACCAAUGUUUGACAAUUCGUAAUCCAUCAUUGGAUGAGAAUCUUCAUAUGUUGAAAGUGUGUUGAAAAUCAAUCUGAACGGCAACACAAUUGUCACUGCCUACAAUGAAUCUGUUGGAUUUGAAUGGAGCUUCUCUUUUUCCCCUUUGAGUAUAUAGAGCAGGACCCUAAUUUUGAGUUUAUAGAGCAGGACCCUAAUGACGACGGAAAGGGUUUAAAAAGUCCUAUCGACGUUAUUGGUUUUGUCGUUAAGAGUUUCCCUUUUGAACCAAAAGAGGAAAGUAAACAUGGGAAGGAUGAGAAGAAAAUCACAUUCAUGCUUCAGGAUUUGCAACAUGCCCAAAUUUUUGUGACCCUGUGGGAUGGUUAUGUUGAUCAAAUAUUAGAGUUUCAGAGGAUCAAUCAAGAAGAAAAAAAUGUGGUCGUUGUUGUCCAGUUUGGAAAAUAUAG